AUGAUGCAUUACCUACCGUUCCUUGUAAUAAUUGCGAUAAACGCUGCACCCACCGAAGAACAGUCUGAUUCAGGAGGUAAAUCAAAUCUUGACAAUGUCAAAAACGAAAUUCAAGAUCUUCUGAAGCGUCUGCAAGAUGCUAUGGACAAAAACAAUGACCAGCGGCAAAAUUCUACAAGUAGCACAACUCCGUCUUCAAAAACUGAACCGUCGACAACUGGUUCUUCGUCAACAAAAGCGACGUCCAGCACAACGCCACCAUCGAGCACAACGCCACCAUCGAGCACAACAACCAAACCCAAGGAUGAGAAAAAGAAGCAUAAGAAGAAGGAUAGCUCCAGUGAAAGCGAUGAAUCUGACGACAGUUCUGAAGACGAAUCAGAUAAAAGGAAAAGAAAGCAAAAAAAGAAAGAAGAAAAAAACCAACGAAAAGCUAUGCAUAUGUUAGAAAAAGCGCUGAAGUAUUUAGAUAAAAAGAACGACUAA